AUGGAUUUGCACCGACAUAAUGCAUCGCCUCCUCCGGUCUACCACUUGUACAACACAAAUAUACGCGCCUAUUUCUUUUUCACCAUAAACACUCCUCAUCCCUACCAUCCUCACACGUUAACACGAUCACUACGAUACUACCAUCCUCUUCCCUAUCCUUAUACGUGGUUCGUUUAUGGAGAUCAAGCAGCCAUUAUCAAUAUCAUCGACUUGUGCGCCUACUACGAAACUCACCACCAACCACCAUCACCGUCACCAUCACCACCACAUGAAGAUGGAGGAUAUGAUGAGAGUAUUACUAAUCUUCCAUACCCCAAUUUGUUUUUCGAUGAAGAUGCGAUUCUACAACAUGAAAUCAAUCAGGGUUUUCAACGAGCCGCAGAUAAUAGUGGGUUGACCAAAGAAGAAAUCUCCGAGAGUCUGGACAUCCAAAAACAUAUGAAUUUGUAUGAAGAGGAUGAGAUUUGUGUGAUAUGUCAAGCGGGAUUCGAGAAGGAUGAAACGAUAGGGGUCGUUGAAUGCAAUCAUCGUUACCAUGCCGAAUGCAUCAAGGAAUGGUUGAUUUAUAAGAAUCUUUGCCCUCUUUGUAAGGCUCAAGCUUUGACAAUAUACAACACUUCAAUUUAG